AUGGGGAAGAUCACAUUCUUCGAGGACAAGAGUUUCCAGGGGCGGUGCUAUGAGUGCAGCACUGACUGCCCUGACUUGCGAUCGUACUUCAGCCACUGCAACUCCAUCAAGGUGGAGAGUGGCUGCUGGGUUUUGUACGAGCAUCCAAACUACGCUGGCAACCAGUACGUCCUGAGCCCCGGGGAGUACCCUGAUCAGAAGCAGUGGAUGGGAUUCAAUGAUAGCAUCAAGUCAUGUCGCUCCAUCAAAAAUGUGUACGGAAAGUCCUGGAAGAUCAAAUUCUACGAAAAGCAGGACUUCGGAGGUAAAGCUGCAGAGUGCGUCGAUGAUUGCCCAUCAGUGUACGAGACCCUCAAGUUCCGGGAGUUUAACUCCUGCGUGGUGACCGAUGGAGCAUGGGUUCUGUACGAGCAGCCCAACUACCACGGACACCAGUACUUCCUGGAGCGUGGAGAGUACCACAGCUACACAGACUGGGGCGCCACCUCCCCGGCUGUGGGAUCCUUCCGGAGGAUCAGAGAGUUCUAG